CCCAUGGUGUGACUCUCCCUUCCCUGAAUGGAUAAGAAUUUCUCUCCUCAAAGCUCUUAAGUCGAAGUCAAAACUGCCACUUCUACUGCACACCGAGAAGAAUCAAUGGCUGGGUUCACCAGCACCAGCAGCUUUCCCUUCAAUCCUUUACUUACCCCUUCGACCACCAAAACGACGUCGUCUCUAUCCCCUCUCUCCUCCGGGCUCUUCGGAGUCCGCCUGAAUAUCUCUAAACCCGACUCUCUCAUCUCUGUCUCAUGCGCCUUCCCCACUUCUGUAGUCACCGCCCGUUACGGUGGCUCACGUUCUUACGGCGGUUCGCGACGGUCAAGGCAGAGUGAAUCCGACGACGAGCAGGCUCUUGAUAUAUCUAGCAUUAGGUCAUCUACUGUGAGGCUCAUUGAUCAGCAGCAAAACAUGGUUGGAGUGGUGCCUAAAAGUGAGGCAAUUCAAAUGGCUGAAGAUGCUGAACUUGAUUUGGUGAUAUUAUCACCAGAUGCAGAUCCUCCAGUUGUCAGAAUAAUGGAUUACAACAAAUACAGAUAUGAAUUGCAGAAGAAGAAGAAAGGACAGCAGAAGAAAAGUGCUGCAACUCGCAUGGAUCUUAAGGAACUUAAGAUGGGUUACAACAUUGAUCAACAUGAUUACGAUGUACGAUUGAGAGCUGCUCGGAAGUUUUUAAAAGAUGGAGAUAAGGUUAAGGUCAUAGUGAACUUGAAAGGUCGUGAAAAUGAUUUUAGAAAUAUUGCUAUUGAGCUAAUCAGACGUUUCCAGAAUGAUGUUGGGGAGCUUGCAACUGAGGAAAGCAAGAACUUCAGGGAUAGAAAUAUAUUUAUUACUUUGGUACCAAAUAAGGCUGUGCUAUCAAAAACACAGGAUCCACCAAAGAAAAGAGACAAGUCAGCCGUAAAUGAAGUGUCAGCUGGUGUGUGAGUUCUCUGGGAGUUUUCCUGAGGGGAAUGGUUGGCAGGUUGAUGUAACUAAAAAUUUGCCAUUUUAUGUCAAACACGAGAAGGUCUGAGUUUGCGAGCUUGAGGAAAAGUGAAUGGAAAGGUCAGUCAUGUGUCGGUUCUGGUGAAUCACAAAACCAAUAUGAAAGGAGUAUAAAGUUUUCUCCUGGGAGUAUUGCACACAGAUGAAUGCAUUCAAUCAGCUUAUGGCAAAGCAACAAAGCAGAGAAGUAAGCUGAGAAAGUUGAUCGAGUAAUAUACAUUUUCUUGGUUUGUAUGCCAUGGUUAACUAGAAAUCUUGACAUGAAAAGCUAUUAGUAGGCUGUAAAAGGUGUCAGUAUGUAACUUUGAUUAUAAAAUAAGUUAAUAUUCGUCACCAAAA